AUGGUAAUGAAUACUCGAUUAUUAUCUAUCACUGCUGGAGCUCUUUUAGGCAUAUGUUUUAUAUUUUAUACUGUUAGCAAUGCAGUUCCAUCCUGGGGUAAAGCAAGUUCUGAAUCUGAAGAAUUCACAAUUGAUCUUUGGCGUCGCUGUAUUAGCGAUUCCGAUAUAAAGACAUGUUUUGAUUUAGAAUGCUCGUUGACAAAUGAAGAAAGUAGUACAUGUCGUAAAAUUAUAGCUGCUAGAGCUUUUGUUACUCUAGCUUGUAUUCUAUCUGGUAUUUCUAUAAUAUGUCUUAUCAUAUAUACAAUGAAACGUGACAGUACAUUCGCAAUGUUACUCUUAGUAACCAAAGGUCUUGUUGUUGCUUGUCUGAUCAUGGGAAUUAUCGGUGUUGCAGUUGGUAUCGAUGCUACCGUUAAUAUAGGAGGUUUAAUUAAAUUAGAUUUAGGUGCUGCAGCAGCUAUAGGAAUUGUUGCAAUUAUUCUUAACUUUAUUGGUACUAUUAUAACAUUAUUAAUUAAACCAUAG